UUUGUGAUGACCUCCAUCAGAGAGCUCCAUAAAGCUCAUGCCAGUCACGCUGUACCCAGGUUCCUGAGGUCAUUUGAUCAUGUGAUCGACCUGAGCAGCAGACAGCUGGACUCAGUGGACUGUGCUGCUCUGAUCUUCAUCCUCAAACAUGGAGACAAAGUUAAACUGAACCUCCUGCGGACCUCCAUACCAACAGAGGGAAUGGAGUCCAUCCUCUUCAUACUGCACAAAGUUUCUCAUCUCAGUGUUGACAGGAAUCAGCUGCUGAGGUUCAUCCACUGCUGUGCUGCCUGUGAUGCCCAGCAGGAGGCAGCAUCAGGCCUGCUGAGAGCUCUGCAGCACAGCUUGGAUCUGUCCUUCUCCUCCUGUGUAGAGCUACCAGAGGAGGAUCAGACUGAGCCUCUGAGUCUGACUGCUGAUGACUGCAGGGCCAUCUCCACCAUCCUGAGACACAGCAGCCACAGACACACAGACACACAGCUCGACCUGCGAGACUGUGAGGUGGAGGGCAGCGUGCUGGACCUGCUGUUUCCUUUCCUCCACUUGGUCAACCUCAGAGUCAGUAAAACUGUCCUCCUCAAGCUGCUGUCUCUGGUUCCUGUGAACAGUGAGAGGGACACAGUGAGGCGGGCGGUGUCCCUGUGCAGAGCUCUGGGUGGAGAGCUGGAUCUCAGCCACACCACCCUGGAUCAGAGGGUCUGUGGGGCUUUGGUCCAGAUGCUGGACUCGUGCGAAGGUCUGACAGAGCUGGACCUCAGCCACUGUUAUCUCACUGACCAGCUGUUGCUCCCUCUCAUCACACAUCUGCACAAAGUCCAAGUCCUGGAUCUGAGUCACAAUCUGCUCACUGAUGCGUCGACUGCUGUGUUGCUCCAGCUGCUCUCCAUCAACCCCUCCAUUAACUGUGUGCGACUCUUCAGCAACAACAUCGUGCACAGAGCAGCCUUUAAGGAACACGAGCAGUUUGAGAUCUGAAGCAGUCGUCAUCAUCAUCAGGGAGUCGUUGGUUUCCUCUCUUCUCGUCAUCAUUACAUUAAAGUAUUGGGUGGAGUGUGAGCGCUGAUGCUGUGUUCAUGGAGUCAUCAGUGUAGGAUACAGUGACAUUAGGUCAGAGGAGCUUUGAUGAUGAUCUGUUGCUGCUGUAAUGAUGCAGAUUUUCUCAUUGAGACCAAACAAAGAAUCCAUCACUGUCCUAUCAGUGCUGUGAGCCGAACUCAUUUAUUUUCUCAGUACUUUUGUCAUAACUGUGUUUAUGUCAUGGUCCUAAACUGUGUUUUGAGUCCUGUUAGUGAAGUUUUGUUUUUUUUGUUAUAUUUCUGGUUGUGUUUUACUAGUUUUUCUUAUAUCUUAGCUUCUCGGUUUGUAGUAGUUUUGUAUUCUGUUUUUGUUUAUAGUUAUUAUAGUACUUUGUAUUUCAUUCUGGUUCCCCUUUUGUUCUUGUCUUCCCCGUGUCUGUGUUCCUGUGUCUAUUUUGUCCUCGUGUCUUGGCCCUUUUCUUUGUUUGGUUUCCCUUCCCAUAGCUUUAGAGUUUAGUUAUCCUUGUGGGUUUCCCCUUAGUGUUGUUGUGUGGAGUCCCUUAUGUCUGGUUUCUCCAGUGUGUAUGCAUUUCCUCGUGUUUUAUCAAGUCUGCGUGUGCGUCAUGGUUGAUCAUUUCCUGUUUUAUUUUGACAGUCCUGUGUUUUGUUUGGUUUUGCUUCCUUUGUUAUUAGUUUGAUUUGGUUCACCUGUUGUUCCCUCUGUCUCCACUCUCCCAAUUACCUUGUGUGGAUUUAAGCCCCCAGUUUUCUUCUGUUCAUUGUUGUGUUGUUGGCUGAGUAUCCACCUCUCUGUGUGUACCUCCCCUUUAGUUUUCUGACUGUCACAGAAUGGUUUAAGCCUGACCUUGGAUUUUGUAUUCUGGACUUUAAUCAGUUGCAGCAUUAAAGCUGACUUAAACCUUUAGUUUUGUCUCAUACAUCCUGCAUUUGGGUCCACCUCUGCCUGCCACACAGCCUAACUGUGACAGUUUAUUCUGGUCUGCAUCUUUCAGUCAGGACAGAGU